AUGUGGUUUGAGAAGGAAGUACUCCGACUGUCGGUACCAGCCCGUCGUUUGUCUGCUCGGAACACUCGAGGAAGCUCCACGACUCGUCAAUUGGAUGGCCUGACCAUCCGUUCCCCCAAAGACGUCAGUGGCCACGGCAGUUUCUUGUAUGUUAUCACAUGUGCUGACAGCACUCAGCUAUACAAUCAUCUAUCAGACUACAUCAUCGGUCAAGAUCGUGCCAAGCGUAUUCUGUCCGUUGCUGUAUUCAAUCACUAUCACCGGAUAUCCUCACGUUUACCUCAAACUCUUCCUCCUCCACCGCCGCCUUUGAGAUCAAAUGAGUAUCAUGCCGAUCCUGGACCAUCGAAGGGUAUGUGGGAGAGACCGUAUGAUCCUUCGCGGGCUGGGUCUGAUAUGGACGAUGGGGUACGAAGGGAUGUGACGCGUGUGACUGGUACAGGCAAUGGAGCUGAUCCGACUUUGACUCAUGAUUUGCUAUCUUCUACAUCUAGGGAGGGCUUAUGGUCUCGGAAUGGCUAUUUCAGCUCUAAACCUCCACCACCACCUAUCUUGCUUGAUAAAACGAGACGGCGACGGCGCGACACUCCAGACCCAAUGCUAGAGACAACAUCAGUUGAGAGAAAAGGAAAGAAAAAAGAUAUCCUCUCCGAUAUCUACUCAAGUCUUAACAACAUUGAGGCAGAUAAACUUGAGGAUGGCAAGGAGGAAAUUGCGAUCGAGAAGAGCAACGUGCUCAUGAUUGGACCAACGGGGACGGGAAAGACGUUGAUGGCGAGGACGUUGGCGAGAAUACUAGAUGUUCCAUUUGCUUCCACCGAUGCAACGUCUUAUACUCAAGCGGGCUAUGUUGGAGAUGACGUGGAAAAUUGUGUUUUGCGAUUGUUGCAAGCGGCAGACUAUGAUGUCAAUCGGACAGAGAUUGGCAUUAUACAUAUUGACGAAAUUGAUAAACUCGCUAGACGUGGUGGUGGCGAGGCGGGAUCUUGGGGCGCACGGGAUGUAGGAGGAGAAGGUGUUCAACAAGCCUUGCUAAGAUUGUUGGAAGGCACCAUUCUCACUUUGUCCGCUAAACCUCAAGCAAUGGUCACUUCCGGAUACACAUCGACUUCCUCCUCAUCAACGCCCUCUACACGGGACACACCUAACCGUGGACCCAGAGCGGACGGCUCGACAUUGAUCAACGCGGCGUAUGAACCUCCCGGGUGGGAUCCGAAUAACCCAAUGAACCGAUCUACCACUGGUGGGAAGAAAGGUGUUCGAGAGGGAUUACCUGGGUUCAGUGGUGGAUCUGGAUUAGGCUCUAAAGGAGACACGUUCAUGGUGGACACGUCGAAUAUCUUAUUCAUCUUAUCUGGCGCGUUCGUGGGAUUAGAAUCUAUCGUCUCUAGUCGACUAGGUAAAGGCGUAAGCUCAUUCUCCGUUUCUGACAUUCAGUCGAUGGGUUUCGGUGCCCCUCUUCCUGCCUCUCCCGCAACUCCGCGCUCUACCGUAGCUAUGAAAGGCUUAGCAACGACCGAUUUGGCAACAUAUGGUUUAAUACCUGAAUUCUUAGGACGUCUACCCGUCCUCUCCACUCUUCACCCGCUCAGCGUCGCGGAUAUGGUCAGAAUAUUGGUGGAACCUCGGAACGCUUUAAUCAAGCAGUAUAUAGCAAUGUUUGAGAAAUACGGGUCGGAAUUGCGAUUCACUCAAAACGCCUUGGAGAUCAUAGCGAAGGAAGGAUUGGAACGAGGUGGUGGAGCGAGAGGGUUGAGAGGUGUGUUAGAGGAAAUAUUAGUUGAUGCGAUGUUCGAAGUGCCAGGAUCGUCUGUACGUUAUUGUCUCAUCACCGGAGCUGUAGCUAGAAGAGAAGAGCCGGCACUUUACUUUUCCAGAGGUCAGAAACAUUUGUUUUCACAAGCUGCGGAACAAGAUGAUAAACCCAUCGUAUCUUCUGUGACACGCAUUGGUGAGGAUGACGAUGAAGUGGAAGAGAUACCCAGAUUACGUGCUGUGGGUUGGAUAUCAAUUAUCUAG